CCAACGGUCGCUCGCAUCCCCCCUGGUGGAGCAGCUCGGCAUGGCCCACGAGGCGGAGGACCCCGCCGUUCCUAUUCCAGCUCCUGGCCGGCUCGCCCGUGGCUGGGUCCGGCGCUAGGAGGCGGCGGCGGCGCCCGCCGGGUCCCUCCGCGUCCCCAUCGCCAGCAUGAACGUAGCGCUCCAGGAUCUUGGCAGCAACGUAAGUAGUGGCGACAGCUACCGCCUUGUCUUUGCUGCUUUCGGGGAAAGGAGAGCCGGGUCCUCGCCUCGCCGCUCCCGGGUGGGCGGACUUGUUUUCCUGGAGGGCCGGGCGGGGCAAGCAGGAAGCCCCGCGACGCCGCCGGCCCGCGCGUAAUCGCCCCUCGCCACCUGCGCUCCCCAGGCGAAGAUGCAAGUAAGCCCCGCGGGAGGGCGGUGGUGAUGGUGGGUGGGGGCGAGGAAGGGAGGGCGAAGGGGUGAGAGAUGGAGAAAUGAACCACCCUCAACUUUCCCCCCUCAGCCCCGCACUCCGCCUCCACCUUUUUAGCAAGGGAAACCUCCAUCACCUUCUUCUGUAACGGCGCACACAGAGAGACACUUUUCAUUCUGGAGGUGGGUGCCAGAGGUGGGCGUUGAGUGGUUGUUUCCCAUGCCCCUACCCCGGUCCGAUCCUGGCUCUGCCACUUAAUAUCUACCGAUCCUGCCAGGUUUGGUCGAAGGAAAAACCCUACGAAGGGAUAAGGCAGGGGGUCCGAUUCGUUUUCUCAUCUGAAGGCGAACCCGCCUUGUUUGCACAUCGCCAAUUCAAGAACAGAAUCAUCGUCGCCCUUAGAAAUUCGCUCUUCUCCGAAUUUUGCAAUGCGGCCCUCCAGCCAAGUAGCAUGUGCAAGAAUGCAAAUAUUGUUGAAGAUAACGUGCGUUAUAUUGGGGGGGGGGUUUGCUUUGUGCAUGUUAGGAGAAAUUGGAAUUAAGAUGCUGGUGGGUUUUCCAGGAGGCUGAAAAAAUAACUAUCACAGAGUGAUGUGGGAAUGUGGGGAACUGAACUUAAGAGUGGGAAAAUGAGAAAGGGGGAGAAACCUAAACUGACAAAUUCACACAUGCCCUGCUCACAGGUAGAAUGUGUGCAGAGGAUUGGUGCCUGGGAUGCUGUUUCUGUAUGUAGCCUUGGAUCCCCCCCCCCCAAAAGCUGGCAGCUCAGCACCACAGGUUCUGCAUCCAAGUAGCAUCUUGAUCUCUUCGCCAGCAUCUCAUGGCCCACAUCUCAAACAGCAUGCUCUCCCCCAUGCACACACCCUUGCCCACGCCCAAAUGUUAAUCGCAGGCACGUCCUCCUCCCAAGCACAAAUUGCCCUGGUGUUUGUGGCCAGGAGCUUCACAAACAGUCUGCUUUGUUGUUGUGUGCUUUGCCAGGGAUGUGUGGGAAUGGGGAAGGUACAGUGGUAGAGAAUUAGGUGCGAGGAGAGUAGGUGGUAAGGAACGAGCUUUGUGGCAUCAGGAAUGUAAAAUGUAAUGCGUGUUCGAGCUCACUUGGCACCCAUUAGAAUAAUAGAAUUGCAGAGAUGGAAGGAACCCCGUGGGUCAUCUAGCCCAACCCCCUGCAAUGCAGGAAUCUCAACUGGAUCAUACAUGACAGGUGGCCCCAUCUGACCUCUGCUUAAAAGCCUCCAGGGAAGGAGAGUCCACGACCUACCAAGGGAGUAUUUGACUACUCUUGUAUAUUGUAGGAAAUCCUGAAGUAUCCCGUGUGUGAGAUGGAGAGAGGAUAAUGAAUGGGUGUGAGGGGGGAUGGAUGGAUGAGUGUGUGUGUGUUCUAUGUGAGAAUGAAUGUCCUGUUGUUACGUGUGAGUGUUCAUGUCUCUGUUUAUAUGAACUGGUGGGUGUUCCUGUGUAUGAAUGGGGAUGUGUGUAGAAUCAUAGAAAUCAUGGAAAUUAUAGAGUUGGAAGGGACCAUGAAGGGAAUCCAGUCCAACCCCCUGCAAUGCAGGGGUCUUUUGCCCAAUGUGGGGCUCUAACCCACAGCCCUGAGAUUAAGAGUCUCACAUUCUACCGACUGAGCUAUCCCUCUGUUUGUAUGAGAGAGUGGAUGGCCACACCCACUUUCCACUGGCCCCAACCACCACUGUCUUGUGACUCCCAGAAGGCUAGCCAGAAGGCUAGCCACAAGGAAAUGCCCCACCCCACCCCUGUCCUAGAGUGUACAGUUGGCUCAUGCAGUGGCCUGGCCUGGCCCUAUGAGUCUUGCACGACACCCUAUGCCAAGCGCUGCCAGUGUUCUGGAGCCCUUUAGCACAUGUGCAAAAAGGUGAGACUGUCAUGGGCACACACCCUGCAACCAGCACACGCCACAACAGAAUGCUUCCAAUCCCUGUUUCAGCUGUGGGGAGGGGAUCCCUGUGGGCCUGGGCAUUGGCAACCCCUGCCCUAUGCUGUCUUGCAGCUCCUCACAGCAAAGGAAGGGUGGCAGCCGCAGGAGACCUGCCAUGUUUCUAGAGAAGCUUGUCUGCCGUGAUUCGCCUUCUGGUGGGUGAGCUUUGAAGGAAGCACAAGGUCCCUUGAAAGAACCCUGUUUGCUGAGCGUGGGGGGGACGACUGCUGGAAAACAACUGUUCUGUUGGGCAAACACAACGCGCAAAAAGGGAAGAUUGAGAUCAGGUGUGGGAAUUUGGAAGGAAAGCGAGAAGCUUAAUUUUCAUUGCCCUUUUACUGGCAAGGGAAGGAAGGAGUCGAAGAAAUGCAAACCACAGGAGAAGGGGCAAGAGGGAGAGAUGCAGCCUUGUCGAGUGAGGGGGAGAAUGGAUCCUUCAUUUCCACCCCACCAGGAGAUGGGCAUCCCUCAAGCUGGUUGAGUGGGUGGCAGGGUGGGGAUGCCCAUUUCCAACUGGCAACAUAUUGGCGAGGCAUAUGCCGAGAUGCCAACGGUUCGCUGGAACCUUCCUUCGCCGACUCUUGUUUUCCUUUGCCUGCCAACUGUUUGUUCAUCAGAAAACUGAGCGUGGCUCCUGAUUCAGCAAGGUGUUUGUAUCUUUGCAAAGCCUUGCACACGGUGCUACGUGAAGGUGACACUUCCUUGGGCCUUGGCUCCUUGCCAUUUGGAUGCUGAGGACGCAAGGGUUGAAAAUGUAAUCUCUCUUUUUUCAAAAAGAGAAAAACAAAAACAACAGCACUGGAAUGGAAAGGUCAUGGCUGUGAGGAGGAAAGCAAGUCAUGUUUUCCAUCUUCCAGUAUCCCUGAGGCUGCAGCAGGCUUGGAAACCCAGAACUCUGCACAUGGACGAGAGCUGUGUCCACAUUUUGGUGCAGGGUUCCCCAAACUUGAUGAUUUUACUAAGCUGCCAUCGACCAAAUUCUUAGGGAUGUGAAUGAAAUAAAGCGAAGAAAUACCAAAAUACAAUCGGCAUUUAUCACUCGCCUCCAUCGCUAGGAUGUAAAAACAUGUAAAAACAAAACAAAAACAAGGAAUACUAUUGCCUUGUGGGAUCAUCUUAUUAAGCACAGAGAUUCUUCGUUGGCAAGGAAGGUGCAUCAGUAGCUUCAUUCCACUGAUACUGAUGGGCAUCCAGUUCAAUUUGUCUACAUUGAUUGACAGCAGUUCUCCAUAGUUUUAGGAAGAGUUCUCUCUCGUCCCUUCUUGGAGAUGCUGUAAGUUGAACUUGGGACCUUCGGCAUGCAAAGCAGAUGUCUGCCACUGAGCUGUGACUCUUCCCCUUUAUUUCAGAGGCUCGUAGUUCCUCCUCCUCCUUCUUGCACUAUUCCUCUCCAAUGCCCUUUUUGAACCCCUGGGCUUCAUUUACCCUCUGCAAGGCCCGUCAACCCCAGGGAAGAAAUCUAACAAGGCCUGCCUUUGUCCACACUAUUGGAACUGACAGGUGCUACCCUGCAAGCCUGGCGUGGUAUUUUGAUACAUGCCAGCGGCUCUUCCAGGGGCCAGGGCACAGAAUUGCACACCACCAGCAACCUGAAUAAAGCAACGCCCAACUAGAUUUGGGGACCAAACAGAAUCAGGAAGAACUUGGUAUUAAAAGAAACAGCAGAUGGACUCCUGACCUGAGCAGCUUGAACCACCUAGCUGUGUGUGUUGCAGAACUUUGGGUUUACUGUAAGAGGUUUACUGUAGAAGGUUGUCACCUCUGUGAUGAACAGUCAUGAGCCACCUUAGCAUUCAGUGCUUCUUUUGAUUCCAUCCCGCUGCAUGACUCAGGCACAGACAAACUCGGCCCUCCUGAUGUUUUUGGACUACAACUCCCAUCAUCCCUGACCACUGCUCCUGUUAGCUAGGGGUGUUUGGAGUUGUAGUCCCAAAACAUCUGGAGGGCUGACUUUGCCUAUGCCUGGCAUGACUGCUCUCUAUAGCUGGUGGUAUGCCGCUGUUCAGUUUUUAUCCAAAUUUGACUUUUAAGAAUCUCUUUCCCUAAAAGGAGCCUACCCCACCCAACUGUUGCAUUUUUCAACCCUAAUCACUGGUUCUGGGUACUGGGUAUGUUUCUGGAUUUGGAGAAAGGCCAGUCCAGAGCAAUGACUCUGAGGGUCAUGAGGUCCAACCCCCUGCAAUUCAGGAAUCUCAACUAAAGCAACCAUGGCAAGUGGGAUCCCUCCUCUGCUUAAGAACCUGCAAUGAAAGAGAACAAAACACUCUGAAUAUAGCAGGCUUCCUCAGCCUCGGCCCUCCAGAUGUUUUUGGCCUACAACUCCCAUGAUCCCUAGCUAGCAGAACCAGUGGUCAGGGAUGAUGGGAAUUGUAGUCUCAAAAUAUCUGGAGGGCCGAGGUUGAGGAAGCCUGGAAUACAGAAUAGCAUCAUGCCCCUUCAACCUGUUCUGGGAAACAGUGGGCUCUAAUUGCUCUAAAAGAAAUAAACUGCAGUGGCUGCAAUGCCUUUUCUUAAAGACACAAAGGGGCAGUGCAUCAUUGUCCUCCAUAGGGCACCUAGAAUCAUAGAAUUAUAGAGUUAGAAGGGACCCCGAGGGUCAUCUAGUCCAACCCGCUGCAAUGCCGGAAUCUCAACUAAAAGCAUCCCUGACAGAUGGCCAUCCAACCUCUGUUUAAAAACCCCAGCUGCCUCAACCGUUCCUCAUAAGGCUUGGUUUCCAGACCCUUGAUCUUUUUCUAUUAUUAUUUUUUAGCCAAACCCCACUUGAAAAAUGUGCCUCUCUCUUCCCUGGGGCAGACAGAAUUCCAGCUUACAGCCUUGGGUGUUCUUGCCCUCCUUGCAAGAACCAUUACAUCCCUCCAUGGGUCUCUGUUCUCAUUGGCUGCUGCAUGCAUAAAUAGAUGGUUCUCUGAUGCUGGUCCUUUAGGGAUGCCCGGGAAUAUUCAUUUCCCUUCGAGCCCUCUAGUUUUCUUACUAUCCAGUCAUGUUAGUCUGUUGCAGCAAGAUCAACAAAGAGUCUUAAAAUGUUAAAGAAAUGUGUUAUGGCAACAAGCUUCAAGUUUUUGUGUGGACAAGAGCCCACUUCAGCAGAUGCAGGAAGCAUAAUCCUCAAAUAUAAAUAUGUAUUAUACAUGCAUAUUGUGGUGGCCGUGAAUUGUAAGCAGUGAGGUCAGAGGGAAGAGAAAAGGAAGAAGUAUUGAUACUGGCAAUUCAGUUAUAACUGGAUUCAGAAGCAGCUAAUGUGCUGGUAUGGCGCCACACCCCUGUCCAAAACUGCCACUCGCUGGCGCAGCACAGCAGUGAAACCAGGGCUCUGCAACUGCUCUGGUGGUGGAAGCAAUGUGGCAUUCCUACUGGUGUGUGAUGCAUCCCAUACUCUUACACAGCAAUGACACUACUGCAGCAGCCACUCCUGGCUAGAAUGCAUGCAAGACAAGCGCAGUGACCCUUUUACAACAGCAGCGGUAGGUGACAGAACUAUCCCCUUGGCAGCAGUGCUGAGUUAAUGAACAUCUGUGCUGGGAAAGGAAACCGUUGUCUCGAUUCAGACCCAAACGAAUGAAGCUGAACGUCUUGAUGAAUUGUAAUUCAGCAGUUUCACACAGCAGCUUCCCUCUGAAAUCCAUUUGUUCAUAUUAUGGCCAUCUUAAGAUCAGCAUCUGAAUGCCCUGGUUAAAAAGAAAUGUCCCCCUACUGGUUUAUGAAUAUUGCUACUUCAGACAUCAGGUUUGUGCCCACUGAUUUAAGUAAACUUCUGUAGAGAAACAGGAAACACAGCGACUUAAGAAUGCUUAAAUUUGCUUGUGCCUGAUAUUUUUUUGAGAAUAACUGUGAUACUGGAUGAGCUACUAUUUUGUCCUCAGUUAUAGGCUUGUGCCUGUUUUUCAUGAAAACAUGUCAUUUGAUACCUUGAGAUCCACUUGUUGUUUUUCUUACUUUUGCCUGUCCUGUUUUCCUAACCCUUAUUAUCUCUGGAGAGAGAACUGCAAAUCCAUGGGGCAGUGUCUGAUGGCAGCUUGGGAACCCCCACCCCCCAGCUCCUAAACCUCUUGUUGCUAGUCAAUUUCUCCUAUCUGCAGGAUCUCAGAUCAUGUCAGCUCACAUUUCACAUUCUGAAAGGCUGAGGGCCCUAUAUAAAGCUUCCUUGGACCCUCCAAGUAUCCCUAUUUUCCAGGGACAGUCCCGGAUUUACAGAAGCCGUCCCGGUUUCUGAUUUGAUCCCAGAAUGUCCCACUUUUCCUUAGGAUGUCCCUAUUUUCAUCAGAGAAAUACUGGAGGGUAUGGAGUUAUCCAACCCCUGAGCAAAGGAGAUAAGUAACUAUACAACUUUUAGGAGACAUCUGAAGGCAGCACCGUAUAGGGAAGUUUUUAAAUGAGUUACUGUGUUUUUAUAUAUGUUGGAAGCCACCCAGAGUGGCUGGAGCAACCCAAUCAGAGGGGUGGGGUAUAAAUAAUAAAAUUAUUCUUGUUAUUAUUCUGGGAUAGGUAAAGGUAAAGGGACCCCUGACCAUUAGGUCCAGUCGUGGCCGACUCUGGGGUUGUGGCGCUCAUCUCGCUUUAUUGGCCGAGGGAGCCGGCGUACAGCUUCCGGGUCAUGUGGCCAGCAUGACUAAGCCGCUUCUGGUGAACCAGAGCAGUGCACAGAAACGCCGUUUACCUUCCCACCGGAGCGGUACCUAUUUAUCUACUUGCACUUUGAUGUGCUUUCAAACUGCUAGGUUGGCAGGAGCUGGGACUGAGCAACAGGAGCUCACCCCGUCGCGGUGAUUCGAACUGCCGACCUUCUGAUCGGCAAGCCCUACGCUCUGUGGUUUAACCAACAGCGCCAAUAGGACAUCCCUAUUUUCAUCAGAGAAAUGUUGGAGGAUGUGCUAUUUUGAUACCCUUUUGCAUCAAGCAUAGACAAAGGGUGUCAAGAGGAGAACUUUGUGGUCUGUCUCCAAUGAGACUUGAUGGCUUAGUUCCUCUAAAAGCAGGUUCAAGCAAGCUGCUUGUAUCCCUUUCCUCCCGAGCUUUGUUUUUCAGAGAAUAAUAAGAACUUUACAACCACCCAAGUCAGCCAGGUUAACAGCACAACCUUUCCUAUGAGGCACAGGUGUCAGCUAAAAAGGUCCUAUGGUUUGCAAGCAGAAUCUGGGUCAGAGGAACAAUCAUGGCUACACUCAUGACCCCUUCAACUCUGCCUAAUGUUAGGGCUGGCCCUCGUCCCGCUUUCCCCUAAAUGUAUUUGGGAGGGGGGGACAGGGCCUGUGAGCACACUUACCUCUUAUUCUUCCCUCCCUCACUUAGGUGGUUGGGAGGAUAAAAAGGGACAACUCCACGUCUACUAGCAAAAGCUUCUUCGGAAGAAGGAUGAGAUAAAAGUAGUUAAUUAGAAUGACAGCCAUCCCUCCCUCCCAAUAUUAGUACAAAUUAACACUAACAUAAAUUGUUAAUCGUAUUCAUUAAUAUUAGUAAACCGGGGAGAUUUUAAAUCUCUCCUUCCCAUGACUCAUCACUGCUUGCAUGUGGUUAACUGCUUGGGUGUGCAUGGACCGGGUGAUUUUUCUGCAUAUUCCUCCUGAGGGGGAAAUUGGCUGAGACCCGUGGAAAGCUAGUGCCAAGGAGUGACCUAAAAUGUCCUCGACACUGAGGGCAGGUUUCCUGCACUGCCCCUCAGCUAUGCCCUCUGAGGUCCCUUUCCCUUUCAAGCCACUUUUGCCUGUCUCCAUCUUGGCUGCUUCCUUAGUGUGGCACCUUUCUGCUUAUAUGGGAAGUUCCAGCAUGGUAGAUUGAGGAGAGUUGUUGAGAGAGGAGGAGGAGGAGGAGGCCCUGGCAGCCGCGAUGGUGUUGCUAGGGGACAGAGCCUUGGGUUGCCAAGGAAUGGAGGAUAAGCCUCUCUCUCGGAAGCAAGAGUGACACUUGUCAGGGAGACAAAAGAGCCAGCAAGAAAGUCAUGACAACCUGAGGAAGAUAAAAGGGCUCUCAGCUCGUGAGGCCCUGCUGGGCUUCCCUCUUCACCAAACUGGCACCUAGGCUGGGGCUGACCUGUGCAUUUGGCAGGGACUGGGUGCAAACGACCCCUCUGGGCCAGCCACCAUGCACAGCAGGGGGAAAUGAAAACUCCCAGCACGCCUGAGGCCUUUAAUUUACUGGAAAGGACCAUCAUCUUCAGAGAUGAGAAAUUAUGUGUCUGUUUCAGCUGGGGUGCAAGGAAUUCUGGGAGGUUCUGCAAGCGAUGGACACCAUGGAGGGUUGCCAACUGACCUGGUGGGUGAGUGUGGGUGUGACGUUCUGCUCUUUUGAGAAGCAGCCUGAGAUGCAGAUACUAACGAAGGAAACUUUCAAUGGCAUAGAGAUAGAAACAAUAGAAGUUGGAAGGGACCUCAAAGGGCAUCUGGUCCGACCAGAGCUUUUUUCAGUCUGAAUUCACUGGAACUCAGUUCCGGCACCUCUCAGGUGGGUGCCAUUGCCAUUACAAGAGAACAAGGGAGGCAUUAAUAAUGAAUUAUUCUGGCACCUCUUUUUCUAGAAAAAUAGCCCUGGGUCUAACCCCGCCGCCGCCACCACCCGCAAUGCAGGAAUCUCAACAAAAGCACCCAUGACAGAUAUCUGGCCAUCCAACCUCAGCUUAGAAACCUCUGACAUGAUCACCUGCUAAUUCCUGCAGUUAUUAAAUGCACAGUUUCAGGAGCAGAUUCAAAAGUUGGCAAUCAUAGAAGUGGAAGAGCAGCUGUGGAACUGCCUGCACGCGCAACUUACUCAAACAGAAGGACCAAAUUUAGCAACAGCAAAUUCUGAGAAUGCAGUGUGAGGAAGCACAGAUUGAUAAGUGUUGUUUUGGGUCAUUUCUUUUGAAUAUAGAAUUUGAAUUUUCUUCCUACCUAAUUUGAAUAGUGACCCCCACCCCGAACAGCCCUGCUCUCUGCUACAUGCCUGUCCUUAGCUGCCGUCAAUGGUUGGCAAAGAUUAGAUACCUUUAAAAGCACAUGUGUUUUGUGUAAAGAAAAUAACUUUGUCUAUAACAGAGAGAGAAAAUGAGUUGCCACUUUUUAAAAAAUAGAAGUUAUAUCCCUUUGACUGCUGCACGACAGGCAGAAAUUCAGCCACUGCCUCUUUCUCCAUCACUGCCUCUCCAAACCAGAAAACGCAGCAUCUGUUGAAUUUCUGCCUGUUACUUAAGAGUGUGAAACGUCUGUCAGGAGAAAAUGUGGCAACCCUGCAUUUCUAGAGUAGACAGACCUGUGCUGUUCUUACUGUUUCCCCACACAUCUGCAUUUUCAGUUUUGAAUUAUUCCUUGAAAUCGUGGGAUUCUAGACCAGGGGUAAGCAACCUAAGGCCUGUGGGCCGGAUGCGGCCCAAUCGCCUUCUCAAUCCGGCCCACGGACAGUCCGGGAAUCAGCGUGUUUUUACAUGGGUAGAAUGUGUCCUUUUAUUUAAAAUGCAUCUCUGGGUUAUUUGUGGGGCCUGCCUGGUGUUUUUACAUGAGUAGAAUGUGUGCUCUUAUUUAAAAUGCACCUCUGGGUUAUUUGUGGGGCAUAGGAAUUCAUUCAUUCCCCCCCAAAAAAUAUAGUCCAGUCCACCACAUGGUCUGAGGAUCGGGCCACAGCUGAAAAAGGUUGCUGACCCCUGUUCUAGACCCAUUAAGAUUUGCAUUCCUUCAGCUGAACAAAGGGGUUUCAAAACAGAAUAGCUGAGUGUGAAAGGAGAUAUCCCGUGGACAAAGGCACUCAGAGCUCAGCUGCGCUUCAAGAUGUGCCAUGCAUUUCAUCACGGGAAAUUAAGUUGCAAUCCAAUAUGCAAAAGCUUGUUUUAACGAACACCGGGGGGGGGGGGGGGAUGAAUCUCAAGCCCAGAAUUUAAUGCCAAGCAAGUGUCAUAUAGGCUUGGUUAUGUGCACUUCAGAGUUCCCUUGACAGAGAACCCCCUAAUUAAACUACAACUCCCAGGGUUCCUUUGGUGAAGACUGGACUAUGAAUGGCAUCAUGUUGGCAGCAGUGCCGACGGAACCUUAAUGGAAUUGGUGCUGCCUGCAAGCCUGAAAGUCGGGCCUGUUAAUUUUUCCAGCAAUUAGCGUUUCUCUCUCUCUCUCUCUCUCUCUCUCUCUCUCUCUCUUGCUUUCCCUCUUCAGAUGGCGGAGUAUAAGCGAGCUAUGUUUCAGGACGACGAAGCAGCAGACACGGCCGGAGAUGGAAGCAUCUCUCCUGACAGCGUAGAGGUAGGGUAAACCGGGCCUUUCCCAGGUGGUUGAGCAAUCUGUGCAAGGCUCUUGGAGAGCAUCCCUGCGUCGUCCCAGAGGACUUGCCCCUGCUGCCGCCUGGCAGCACAAUUACUAUAUUAAAUUAAUAAUAAAGGCAUUGUCUCUGCUGCCUACGUAAUUACCGUACCAAAGCCAGUUGCUGAGCCUGAAUGGGGGGGGAGGUAGGAGAUAGAUGAGCAAAAAGGCUAUUUCUAAAGGGAAGGGAAGCUCUUUCGAAAGAGCUUGCGUAAAGGACACAGGCAGCAGCUUUGCCAAAACCUUUCAUUGCCCUCCAAAGUCACUGAUAUUACCAGUGAUUUAUGAUUAUGCCUUUAAUCCUCAAGAGAAUCCAGGGAGAUUUGUCUUAUGGGGCAAAUUUAAUAGUCUCAGCUACAAUGAUCUUAUUUUGGAUGAUAUGGUUGCUUAUGUAUGAAAUAAUUAAAAACCAGAUGGGCGUGAUAAACUGCAUUUAAGGUACAGGUAACUUCAGAGCAGGCAUGGGACGGAGGGAGGAAGACAGAUAGACUUUUUUUAAAAGGCAACUGUAAAAACUACUGGGGGGAAAUAGCGUGAACAUUUUUAAAUGCCAUUCCUAAAUGCAUUUGCUAGCUCUGUUGAAAUCAGUGGGGCUUACUUUUGAGUAAACAUGCACAGGAUUGUAUAGUAGAUCUUCACUGGGAUCCAGAAAAGGUAGCACCACACAUACUGAAAUUGUCUCAUGGUGCCCAGAAAAGCUAUACACUUUGAAAUUUGGAAGAAAUUGGGGUGGAAAUAUAAUUUAUUAUCUUUAAGCUAAUAUUAUUUUUUUUAAAAAAUAGAUUAUGUAUGGAGGUAAAGUUUAUGUGUUAGGGUUUUUAUUAAAGCUUUUCAUAAUAUGGUAAGGUAUAGAAAACAAGAGGCAAAGGCAAAAACAGGGGAAAAAAGGAAAGGAAAAGAAGCAAGAAAAAGAAAUGAAAGAGAGAAGAAAAGGAAAAGAAGUGAAAGGGAAAGCGAAAAGAAGCAAUAAAGAAAGAUAAAAAGGACUGCCGUUUUUCCAUCUACCGGUUACAUAAAUAAAAGUUAUUUAAGAGGUUUAUGACAGGCUUUUGCCAUAUUAAACUUCAGUGGUCGGGAGCUGUCUACCUCUGAUUAUGGGGUGCUGGGGGCAGUUCACAGAGGACUCUUGCCUCCCACAUGACUCUGCCUGUGAAGUUCCCACGGUUCUGGCCUAGCUUUCCACAACCUGGUACUCUCUAUAGGUUUUUGGACUCCAUCUCCCAUCAGCCUCAGGGAGAAUGGUCAAUGCUCAGGGUUGACCAUCAUCCAGCAACAUCUGAAGGGCACCAAAUUGGUGGCAGCUGGUCUGGUCACUAUUAGAGCCAGAGAUUAAUCUUUUGGGAUGAUCCAAUAAAGGCAGUUCUUACAUUCUUAUUCCUCCCCUUUUUAUUUACACGUUCCAGGACUAAACCCUGGAAUUUGAAACAAGGACUGUGCCUGAGUCCUAAGGCAGCGGUUCCCAAACCUUUUCCCCAUGGAUCACUUGAAAAUCGCGGAAUGUCUUGACAAACCAUUUAAUAGGUUUUUUUGUUUGUUGUAGCAAUUGCAGUGCACUAUGCCUGAUGUUGUUUGGUUUUCAAUUGUAUGUUUAGCGCUUCUUUAUUUCUUUGUAUUUUGUCGUAUUGCAAUUUGAAUUCAAAUGGUAGUCCCAAGACAAUACAGCCUGGGCGCUAAAAGAAGCAGUACAAAUGCAAUUAAAAAUCUAUGUGAUUAUUUAAUGCGACAGAAAUGUGCCAUUUCUUGGUUUCAGCAACAAAUUCACAGACGCGCCACAGACCACUUGAAGGAACCUUAUGGAGCAUUGGUGGUCCACAGACCACAGUCUUUGAGAACCUCUGCCUUAAACCUUGUCUACAGGAGUUUUUCCACCUCUCUUUCAGAGGUUUUAUGUGCAUUCAUUUAAUGCACCUGAUACUCAAAUGGUACAUUGCUUCUGUUCACACCGGCAUCGUAUGUGAGGGUUGCUCACAAAGGAAGGAGAUGGUUGGUCUGGUUCAGACAUCACCAACAUACCCCUCCAACGAAAGGGUAUAUGUGCACUGCUUUGAACCCCAGCAAUGCAGCAGUGGCCUUCUCAGUGGCCGCUCCCAGACUUUGGCGCUCCCUCCCUGGAGACACCAGACGGGCUCCCUCCUUGUAGUCCUUUUGCCGGCAGGUGGAGACUUCCUUGUUCCAACAGGCUGUUGGGAACUGACUCUUUUUAUUGAAAGGGUUGGUGCUGCACUGUUUUUAUUGUACAGUCAUACCUCAGGUUACAAACGCUUCAGGUUGCGUUUUUUCGGGUUACAGACCCACUGAAACCCAGAAGUCCCGGAACGGAUUACUUCGGGUUUUGGGGGUCAUGCAUGCACUUUGUGCAUGCGCAAAAGUGCUGAAUUGCAACCCACUCAUGCGCUGCUGCGCUGCUGUGGGUUGCGAACGUGCAUCCCGCAUGGAUCACGUUCGCAACCCGAGCAUCCACUGUAAUCAUUUGUAAGUUUUAAACAGGUUGUGGGUUUUUUUGGGGUAUGCAUAUAGUUUUGAUUCUAUCCAUGUUCCAUUGUUUUUUAAUUAUUGUUUUUAUCUGUAAGCUGCCUUGAGUCCUAUGAGGGGAAAAGGCUGGGUAUGGAAUGAUGAUGAUAGGGCAGGGGGAUCUAUUAUUCAAUACAUUUAUUCAGAGCUCUCUGCCAGUAUUUCUUCUUCCUCUUCUUCCUCUCUCUCUGUCCCCCUCUCUCAUUUCAAAAGGCAGCAUUGAUCCUGCAACCCACUGUAGGUCCACAACCCACCAAAUGAAGAUUAGCUCUUUAGCUGUGGAUGCCAAGGACUGAACCUGGGAACUUUUAACACGCCUGCCCUGCCACUGUCCCCUCCAGAAAAAGGGAUGGCAGACAACUUGCCCCAUUCCUGGAGAGGCCUUAGCCCAUGUGUGCUCCCUGGCAGUGAUGGGCCACCAACAUGCAGGACCUGGGAACUUCCUUAUACUGAGUCAGACCAUUGAUCCAUCUAGCUCAGCAUUGUCUACACUGACUGGCAGUGACUCUCCAGGGCUUUAGGCAGGAAUCAUAGAAUUGUAGAGUUGGAAGGGUCCUCCAGGGGCCAUCUAGUCCAACCCCCUGCAAUGCAGGAGUCAGCCAAAGCAUUCCUGACAGAUGGCCAUCCAACCUCUGCUCUGCUUAAAAACCUUCAAGGAAGCAGAGUCCACCACCUCCCAAGGGAGUCCACUCCACUGUUGAACAGCUCUUACAGUUCUUCCUGAUGUUUAGUCAGAAUCUCUUUUCUUGUAACUUUUGGUUUGAGUCCUGCCCUCCAGAGCAGAAGAAAGCAAGCUUGUUCCCUCUUCCCUGUGACAGCCCUUGAGAUAUUGGAAGAUGGCUAUCAUACCUCCUCUUUUCCAGGCUCUACAUACUAGCUCCUUCAACCUCUCCUCAUAAGGCUCAUAAACCUCAUAAGGUUUCCAAACACUUGAUCAUCUUGGUUGCCCUCCUCUGCACACCUUCCAGCUUGUCAAUAUCCUUCUUAAAUUGUAGUCCCCAGAACUGGAGACAGUAUUCCAGGUGUGGUCUGAGCAAGGCAGAAUAGAGUGGGACUAUGACUUCCCUUGAUCUGGUCACCAUACUUCUGUUGAUGCAGCCUAGAAGAACAUUAGCUUCUUUGCUGCUGCAUCACACCGAUGACUCUCCCAGUCCUCCCUGGAGACACCAGGGAUUGAACCAGAGACCUUCUGCUUGCAAAACAGAGGCUCUACCACUGAGCUGGGGUCCUUUCCCCUAGCAGAGCAGUCCAGGGAUGUAUGUCAGCAGUUCCAGCCCUUGAGAUCAGAGGUCUUCAAGCAGAGGCAGGGCAGAGGGAUGUUUUCCUGUGCUGAGCAGAGAGUUGGGCUUCCAAGGCCCCUUCCAACCCUGAUGCAAUGCUCUGUCCGAGGCUCUGCUGUCCGUGGAGACAGUUCACUUCUCCAGCUGAUUUUAAUAACCCAUCCCACCUCUCCUUGCCCUUUUCUUCUUUUCAUUUCCUGGUUCCAUUUUUGCUUCCUUUCCAGGUGGGCUUCAGGAAAAGCGAUGGCCCCCUGCUGAGUCGCCUGGGCUCCCGAACCCAACUCAAGCUGGUGCUCUGUGCCGUCUCUCUCUUUGUGGUAUUACUGCUGCUGCUGAGUUCGGUCAUUGCCAUGGGCAUCCAGUACAGUAAAGGUAGGUGAGGUGGUCUCAGGAACUGGGCAGAGGAUGAAGGGUGGAGACCGUCUCCCCAGCCUGACUCUUCCAGAGAAGAAGACAGUUCAGAAUUACAACAGAGGGUUGAGGGAGAUCACAGCUCAGAGGAAGACGAGGUGGAAAGUUGGGAGAUAAUGGGAGUGGAGGAAGAGGCAGAGCUGGAGCAGCUGGCUGACAGAACCCAGCAGGCCUUAAAAGUAGGAGAGCAAAGGGCCCUCAGCGCCACCUGUAAAGAGAUGAUGAAUGAGGAAGUGGGAGAGGAUGGGAUGGAAUAUUUACUCACGACAAGAGGCUACAUUCCAAAGCCUCUCUCUGUAAAUACAGUCAUACCUCGGGUUACAGACGCUUCGGGUUGCACGAUUUUGGGUUGUGCACUGCGCCGAACCCAGAAGUACCAGAAUGGUUACUUCCAGGUUUCGGGGCUUGCGCAUGUGCAGAAGCGUUAAAUUGUGCUUUGCGCAUGCGCAGAAAAGCCGAAUCAUGACCUGUGUGUGCUCAGACACGCGGGUCGCAGGUCGCAGGUCGCAAACACUGCAGGUUGCGAACGUGCCUCCCACAUGGAUCACGUUCGCAACCCGAGCAUCCACUGUGUUGAAUAAAAGCAGAUGGUGAGGACUUUCCCUUGUCUUAUCCGUUCCUGGCAACCUGCCGUGGGGGCUGGUUCCUCUGCCGACGGUCAGUUGGUGUGGCCACAGUGGACUUGAGCAUCCUCCACGAGCCGCAUAUCACCCUCCACCCCAUUUGGACCUGCAACAAUUAAACAUCCCGGGUCUGCUGAGAAGCACAAUGGCAAGGGGCAGGUACAGAAACUGAGUGCAUGGGAGGGAGAGCUGCAAGAUUAUUCCUUUAAGCCAGGGGAUUUUUUUAUUAUUAUUAUUAUUAUCAACUUUUUCUUUUUCUUUUCUUUUCUUUUUUUUAGAAUGAUAUUUAUUCCAAAUUUAACCAUAACAGAACAUAGCAUAAAAAGAGAAAAAAGAAAAGAAAAAAAAAACAAUAAAAUACAAUAAAAAAGACAGAACAAAAAAUAUAAAAAAGCAUUGCAUUAAAAUAGAACAAAAACAAAUUAAACCUUUACAUAACUUUUUCCCUUUACUUAUUUCCUUGACCUCCUCUCACCUCCCAAUUUUGUAUUCUAGUUCAGAUCGUUUUUUUUCCAGCACAUCCUUCCAAUCUUAUUUUCAUUUGCGUAAUUUAAUUUAAAGUGUUAUAAUUAAAUAUCCUCUAUUUCAUCAAUUUCAUCAACUCAUUUUUACUUAAUCCUUUAUCUCAUAUCUACCAAAACUGCCUAAUUUUCUUUUUCCAACAUCUUUCUAACAUUCUAAGCCAGGGGAUUUUGAACCACCUACGUUCAGGGAUUCUUUUGGACAUUAACCUUUCCACUGAGGAAUCUGCGCAGCUGCUUCCUGCUGCAGGAAAAAAACCGUCCUCUUUGUUCAGGGUUACGGGUCAGACCUGUCCGUACUAUUAAUAUUUAUUUAUUUGCAGGUCUUUAAGCCCCUUUGAAACUAAGAGUUACUGGCUCUGUGUAUAAUAACAAAAAUAAGAUAGGAAAGAUCACAACUCAGUAAACUAAAGGCAAUAAAAGCAUUUCUACUAUUGAAAGUGUCUUUAGUUGCCAUCUGCGUGCUUGUCUCAUUUCAGCUGGUAACUGAGUCCAGAGGGCUUGGAGCUGCAACGCUAAAAAGCCAAUUUCUAGUGCAUAAUAGUUAUUGAUACAGCAUGAUUAGUCUGCAUGGCACUUCCAAGAGGACGGGUUCCUGCCCUGAGGAGCUUACAAUCUAAAAUUCAGCGCAGGGAAACAACAGCUAAAGGGGAGGGAAUGGAGUCAGGAGCAAUUUAUGGCUGCUUCAUUUGUACAUGCUUAGGCUGAGUUGCUGUUGCAACCAAGCGACCACCGUGAAGUGACUGUAAAUUGUAGGGGGCAAUUGGCAAAGGUGGUCUUUGGAGCAGGGCUGGCUAUAACCUUUUCACCACUGGGCCACACCUUUUGGCAUCUGUGGCAUCGUUUGUGGUGGCACGUUUUUGCCUGGGCCAAAGUAGAGCUGAGCCACCUGUGGUAAAUUAUCGCUGCCCCCUUGCCGUUGUGCCCUGGGAAUCCUCACAAUGCGAUGCAUGGCCGUGCCAGGACUUCCUCCCCUCCCCCCAUGGCACAGACACAUGGCGAGUGCUCUUCCAAGUUAUGGCAAGGGCUGAAGAAGGAGGUCUUCUUUCUCGGUGAGGCAUGCUGCCAGACGCUUGUUUGUGUGCUGUUUCCAGAUCCCUCGCACACCACUUGCCUGACUGAAGCUUGCAUCAUUGUGGCUGGCAAAAUCUUGGAGGCCCUGGACCGAGAGAUCAACCCCUGCGACGAUUUCUACCAGUACGCAUGUGGGGGCUGGAUCAAGCGGAAUCCACUGCCUGACGGGCGUUCCAAGUGGAGCACCUUCAACAGUAUCUGGGACCAAAACCAGGCCAUCAUGAAACACUUGCUAGGUGAGGUGCUCCUUUACACAUACACACACACACACACACACACACAAAAUCUCUCUUCUCUGAGCCACCUUUUAAUUUCAGCGUUGGAGAAGGAAGGUCCCUUUUAUGGCAGCUGGUUUACUGAGCAUCUGUCCUGACUUGUUUUCGCAAAGAAUGCAGGGUUCUGCCUUAUUUACUGAGCACUAACUUUGAUCUGUUUGGGAGGUUAGCUGAUAUUGGGCCAAGCAAAUGUUAUCCCAUACUUUGCAGUGCAUUUCCCCAGAGUCUGAUGCGGGGUGGGGGGGAUGGUUGGAGGGGGGGGAGUGAGUUUGUUGCACAAGAGAGCCAAACCUUUAAUUGAGCAACCUGAAUUGCACGCGCCGACCAUUUUAGGCACAUUCCAAUUGAUGCACCAUCAAGUGGGUCCUUUUGGACCUGGAAAAGGGCAGGAUGGGGGGUGUAAGGGGGAUGGGGGCACUUAAGCGUGCUCCGCUGAUGUGCACGGGGGCCAGGAACGCAACCUCCACACCAGAUGGUUGUUGCAUGUAUUAUAUUUGUAUCCCAGUCUUUUCCCCCUAGGAGCUCAAGGUGGGAUAAGCAAUUCUCCCCCUCUCCAUUUUAGCUCCACAACAACCCUGUGAGGUAGGUUUGGCUGAUAAACAGUGACUGGCCCAGGGUCACCCAUUGGGCAUCAUGGCUGAGUGAGGGAUUAAACCCUUCUCUCCCAGGUCCUAGUCCAGCCCUGCAACCAUUACACCACACUGGUUUCUGGUAGGUUAGACCAUGUUGCGCCAAGCAGUUAUUCUUCUGUACCUCCUAGUGCAUUUUCCUGCCACUUCCCUUCUUGCAAAAAAAGUUUGAUUUUUGCAGAGAAGGAACUGGUUCGUUGCGCAAGUGCUCCAAAUCAACUUUAAUUGCGGGAUCUGGAUUUGCUGGUAUGUGACUGAAUCCUGCCCCAAAAUAGUGGCAACUUGGAAGUGCCGGCCCCCCACCCCAAGCAUUGAAAUAUCUUGAGAAACUGUAGGAAACAGGUGCCUUGUUGUUGGCGCCUUCAGGUUGACCAGCGCUUGCAACUCCCUCAUCAACCGUGUGCUUUCCUUGGCAGAGAAUGCAACUUUCAACUCCAGCAGCGAGGCAGAGAGGAAGACCCAGCGCUAUUACUUGUCUUGCCUUAAAGAGCAGAAGAUUGAGGAACUGGGCUCCCAGCCGUUGAUGGAGCUCAUUGAGAAGGUGAGCCUGGCCAGGGAAAUGGGUGCAAGCAGAAUGUACAGAGAAGGAGGGAAGGUCUCAGUCCAGCACGUGAGAACUGGCCCUUUUUUUACUCCUGCCACUGGGCUGGGCUGGGUAUGAAGUCAAUGAAUGGCAGUUACCAUGUUAGCACCAAAAGAAGGAUAGAAGAAAUGGGAACUCUCCCUGCGUUAGUUGCUUUUGCAGCAAAAACUACAAAGUUUAAUCAUUAUGGCCUAAGCUUUAUAGACUAGACUUCAUCAGAUGCCUGAAGUGUACUCUUGAGUUGCAGUUGUGUGUGUGUGUGUGUGUGUGUGUGUGUGUGUGAACACACACACAAACACACACAAACAGGGUGGGAUGAAAGUGAGGAAAUGAAAUGUGAAAAGUGCAGACAGUGACAAUUCAGUUAGAGCUCAAAUGGAUCCAAACAGCAGCAGAUGCAAAAUUCACCCUCCUGGGAAUCGCUGCUUUCAUUUCUAGUUGUCAGAGGUCCAGGAGAAAAACAUUGGGAAGGAGAGGCAGAAUUUAGUGAAAUCACAGAAGCCAGAAAAACGAGGCAGGGGAGGAUUUGCAGGAGCUUGGGUUGUUAGCGACUUGCAUAGCUCUUUCCUUCUUGUUACUAGAGAUUAUGAAAUGACUAUUUAAGAAAUUUGUAUACCAUCAUUUGCCCUACAAAGUCCAGGGUGGUGAACAAGAAGUGUAAACAAUUAAUCACACAAAGCUAAAAUAUCUAAAAUAAAAUCCAUAAUAUUAACAAUAAAAUGAAGCAGCAAGUAACAACAUGCAGCAAGUUAAGGAAAGACACUCUUUAAAAUGCCAGGCGAUAUUAUUAUUUUUAAUCUUAGCAUGGGGCAGAAAAAAUGGAAAUGCCAGUGUCAUUUGGGUUGGGCAUUCCGUAUGCAGGAUGCCAUUGCCUUGCACUGCACACUUCUGAUGAAGGAGGCACUUAUAAAAGAACUUCAGCAGGUGAUCUCAAAAUGCAGGCAAGAUGCUGGUGGCAAUUUCUCUCUUGUUCACCUUACUCUCUGCAUCCUCCUUCCCUUCCCCCACCCCCAAACUCCAGAUUGGAGGCUGGAACAUCACCGGCCCAUGGAAUCAGAGCAACUUCAUGGAAGUCCUGAAACUGGUAUCGGGAACGUACCGGGCUUCUCCAUUCUUCACCGUUUUUGUGGGUGCUGAUUCCAAGAGCUCCAACAGUAACAUCAUCCAGGUAACCCCCGCUACCUGAGAGAGCAUUUCUGUGCAAAAGGAGCUUGGAGGAGGGGAAUCUCUAUUGGCAUCCUGAUCUCAUCAGGAAGCACCGUAACUCCAUAGCAGAGCCUCUGCUUUGCAUGCAGAAGGUCCCAGGUACAGCCCCCCAGGUGGGGCUGAGAAUGUCCUCUACCUGAAACCUGGGAGAGCUGCUGCCAGUCUGUGUAGACAGCACUAAGCUGGAUGGGCAUAUGAUCUUGCCUGCGCAAGGCACCUUCCUUAUCUCCCUCUCCUGUGCUAUAGGGAGCUAGAAGGAGCCGUAGGGGAAACUAAGGGCUGGGUGUUCUGCCCCAUAGACUCACUGGUUCCCUUUUGUACACGGCAGCUGGACCAGUCAGGGCUUUUCUUACCAUCGCGGGAUUACUACCUGAACAAGACAGCCAACGAAAAGGUAAGGUGGUCGCAGUCCACACUAGGUACCAACCCCUGCCUCUCACUUUGGGUCAUGCACACUUCCACUGCUUUCCCCUGGAGAAACCUUCUCUUUACUGGUGAAUGAACACCAACCAGUUUUUCUGUGGUUCAACACUCAUUCCAAUUCAAUGGUAAACAGUGAGUUUCCCCGGGGAAAGUGGUAGGGAGCACGAAAAACCGCUUGGGCCCAUGCCUAGGAAGCACAUGACAAGCGCAAAACCUCUUGGAUCCAUGUUUUCUAGGCAGAGGGAAAGCUGAAGGGUGGAUGAGCCCUCGCUCUCUUGAAAGCUGAGUUCCAGCAACAUCUGGAGGGCAGCCAGUUCUCCACCAAUGCUUUAGUAAAUAAAUACCGCCCUCCCACCGACUCUGAAAUGGUCUGCUUUUUGUCAUUGCUAGUCACAUUUACCAAUAAAUCCUUGUUCUCCAGCCCAGUGAGCUGCUUGCGCAGUAGGACUCUGCUGGCUCUGUUCAGACCCUGAAAAUUAUUUUAUUUUUGGGGGGUGGUGCCUCCUUCUUCUACGGCAAGUGUCAAAAUGCUUUCUGAGGUGAGGAUGGGCGGGACAGACCCCUUUGAUUGACAUUCUGAAUAGCUGCUCAUUGGUAGGCAUUCCUUUAUUGAGUUGGCAAAUAAAGCACAGAUACUUGAGGAUAAGCAGAGAUGCCUAUUCCUUUCUGUAUACCAGGGCUUCUGUGCAUGAAUAUUAGUUUUAUUAAUAUUGAUUAGGGCAGAAUUUGGUGACACACCAUGACGAAUGUUUCGUCUGAGCAAGCAUUGCAGCUUGCUAGACAGAGUGACCUCUUCUUUCCUCCCCGCAAGCUGUUCUCCCAACUACUCCCUAGCCAAUUUCAGGGAGGGGGGAGGAAAAGCCCCAUUGUGCAAGUGGAAGUCCUUAGACGGGUGUUAACUGAUGGGGUUCGUUCAGUGAAUGCUGCCCUUUAUAUAUUUAUAUAGCACCACAUGUAAGUACACUGUGCAUUUAUUAUUAUAUCCCUCCUUUCCUCCAAGGAAGCUUAAAGGAGCACAUAGUGUCCCCCCCCCCCCCGCUUCACCCUCACAACAGCCCUGUGAGGUAGGUUAGGCUGAGAGACAUUGACCUUCCGCAAGUCUCCCAGUGAGCUUCAUGGCUGAGUGGGGAUUCGAACCCCCAGGACACCACCUGACGCUGUUAAGCACUAAGCCACAUCGGCUCUGCAAAGGUCAAUGCUUUACAAAGAACAGGUGUGUGACAAGUCCCUGCCCCAGGGAGAUUACUAUCCAAAAAUAGACACAAGAAGCCAGCAGGAGGAGGAAAGAGAAACGGAAGCAGCAGCAAAUAGGAAAAGAAAAAUGGGAUCAUAAACAGAAUCAUAAAAUCAUAAACAGAAUAAUAAAAUUGUACAAUUGCAGAGUUUGAAGAGUCAUCUGUCCCAUCCCCUGUCUCAGCUAAAGCAUCCAUGACAGAUGUGUGGGACUCAUCUGACCACUGGCCAUGUGGCUGAUGGGAGUUGGGGCCCAACAAAAUCUAGAGGGCCGCAGCUUCCCCCUCCUAUCUUUCACAAUUUGACAGGUGAGAUAUUGUCAGUGGCCUGCCUUGUUGAGCAUCAAGCAAAGCCGUGAGUGUUGCAAACUUCAGCUGGUACAGCUAGAUGAUUAACUGGGACUGUGUUCAUGGUAUCCCUUUAGAGCAUAGUCGAAGAACAUUUCUUUCUCCUCCACCACUCAAAGAAUUCUGGGCCCUGUUGUUCUCUAAGGGCUUCUGGGAACUGUAGCUCCCUGAAGGGUAAAAUUACAGUGCCUAGAAUUAUUUGGCGCUUUGAAUGUGCUUUAAAAGUACGGUGUGUGCACAGAUCUCUAUGCAUGGAACGUAGUUAAAACUACGUUGGCGGUGUUAAACAGCCCUGCUGGCUUCCAGUAUGUUUUCACACACAAUUUCAAAAAUGCUGGUUUUAACCUUUAUAGCCAUUUCAAGCUUAGGAACUGGGAAUCUGAAGGAAGCCCACAAUCCUGCCUGGGUGCUGGGGGUUGGGAGACUGCUAUUAAUGAUUAUUUUAUUAUUGCGCUGUCUGUUCUUAUGUUUGUAUUAUUGAUUCUCCGUAAAAUGUGUUCUUAAUGUUGCACGCUGCUCUGGAAUCUUUUGAUAAAGGGUGGUGCCGUAUAUAAAUUGAAUAAAUCAUCAUCAUCAUCUGUGGAAGCUAUUCUAUCAGUGUCCUUAUUGUCAGGGCAGAGGUGGGUGGCAGCAGCAGAGUGGUGGGGUUUUUCAGUUUAUGAAACACCCCCCCCCCGAGAGAUUUGCCUGCCGUCAGUUCCAUUCCAUUCUAGGCACCAGGUCAAAAUAAGUAUUUUUACCCGGGAUUUUAAUUGAGCACUGAUGGCGACGGUUAUGCUGCUGCUGAGCUCGUUUCCUGCAGCGUUUUAUGGGCAUUUCACCUGGUUUUAUGCUGCCUUGUGCUGAUUUUUUAAAAAACCAUUAUGCUUUAUGGUUUUGUUGUUUUGGGAGCUUGGUGUGAGUUUUUUGUCACCUCAAAGCAGCCUUGUGAAUUUUUGGCUAAAUUGAAAGAUGGUAGAACAGGUACUUUAAAUAGAGAAAUAAAUGCUGUCUAGCAUGUCUCAGCAGCUACCAGAAGCUAGAAGCUUGCUUUAAGCAAACAUAUAAACUGUUUAGAUCCUCUGGUUGGGGCAGAGAUUCUGUGCCCAAACUUAACUGUAGCAUCAUCAUCAUUAUUAUUAUUAUUAUUAUUAUUAUUAUUAUCAUCAUCAUUAUUAAUUUUAUUAUUAAUUUCCGUACAUGUCAAGGUAAAUGAAAUUGAAAAGAUAGGUGUGAAGAGAAAGGGAAUUGAUGCAGAGGCCAGGACAACUUGUGGGGAGCUCAGCACAGCACUUUGGUCUAUCCCAAGGGUCUCCCUCACCCCUCAUGGGCCAAGUGUGACAGGUGGGUAACUCCGCCCACCUGCCAAUCACACCUGAUGUCACAAUGACAUCAGGUGACUUUUCUUUUUGCCUGCAAGGGUCUUCAGAAACCCCUUUCAACGCACCGACUUCAGACAUGACAAUCAUCCAACUGGCGGAGCCUGCAAGGACCUCUGGAAAGGGUUGGGCAAUAAAGCAUUUUGCAAACACUGACAGCCUGGAGGCCCCCCCUGCCCACCCCCUGAUGUUUUCACAGCAGAGAGAAGAUGCUUUGAGAAGCAGCAUCUUCUCACCACUGCUCACCACUGGAGGCAGCCACGUGCAGAAACAAAAAUAAUUUUAUAGUAUUAUUAUUAUUGUUAUUAUUUUAUUAACGUUUCACAUGUGUUUAAAGUGCUUGACUUGUGUUAUUCAGAAGUAAUCUUUACAACAGCCCUGCAAGACAAGACAGUGUUGGUGGAGGGGGAGGUGGGGGCUGCUGAUUCAGAGCAGUUUGCCUGAGCUCACCUAGCAAGCACAUGGCAGGGGCAAGAUUCAAACUGGUGACUUCCUCAUUCAUAGCUCCAUCUCUUUAGCCACCUGCACUGCACCAGCAUAGAUCCUCAUUCCACCCCCCACAGCUCCUGACACUUCAGUCCCAAACAACAAAAGAUUUAACUUUUAAAAGAUUUCAGUUUUGGAGGUGUGCCAUCAUUCCUCAUCCUGGUGAAAGGAGAAGAACAAGUUUUUGAAGUGGAGAUUUUUAUCCCAGACAUUAACCGAUUGCAUUGUUUUUAAUAUGGGCAGUUGUUUUCAUUGCAUUGUGGGAUUGCUUAGGGAUGCUUCGUGUGAAGAGAUUCAUAAAUAAUAGCAAUUAGGUUGGGGGAGACAGUGGCAGCCCAGCCUAAAGCGCCUUAACUCCCAUAGUUUGAAAAAGGUGUUGGAGAAGAUAAGAGCUGAGCGGGGAGGAAAGGUGGCCUGUUGCUGCUGUCGCCUUUUGUUCUCCUUGGCUGGCGAAAUUUCCUGGAAUCACCCAGGUGCUUUGCACCCUCUCUGGCAGGUGCUGGCUGCUUACCUGGACUACAUGGUGGAGCUGGGGAUGCUGCUGGGGGGGGCCAGAGCUUCGACGGAAGAGCAGAUGCAGCAGGUGCUCGACCUGGAGACCGAGCUGGCCAACCUCACCGUCCCCCAAGACGAGCGGCGGGACGACGAGAAAAUUUACCACAAGCUGAACAUCGCCGGGCUGCAGGUGGGACCUGCCUGGAUAAGGCCCUGGGGAGGAGCGGAGCUGGCAGGGAGGGGUCUUGUUCAGUCUCUUGGUUUGGUCCUGACUCUAAAUGGGGUUCUUUGGCAAACAGGGACAUCUUGCGUAAUUAGAGCAGAGAGAGGUGGGGCCAUUCCUUGGGCCAGUGAUGGCUAGCCUGUGGCCUUCCAGGCACUGUUGCUGGAGGCGUGGCCAGCAACCAGGGCUGCUGGGAGUUGUAGUUCAACAGCCCCCUGCCCUGCCAGUCCCAAAGGGCUGUUGGAAAAAUGCCCUGGGAAGGCUGCCAACUUCCCAAGUCUUUAGAGCGUCUCUCCAGUGGUCCUCUCUGGCUGUAAAUCUCCCUCAGUCCUGAGAGACUGGUAAUAAGCGACCCUUCUCUCCUGAAAAGAGCACGCCAGUCUUCUGGUAUAUCAUAGCAGAAGAAAGACUCAGUCGUAGUUCUAAACUACUUUAUUUACAGUCUUAUAUACAUCAGACUCCAUCAGUACAUCUGUGCUCUCUGAACCCCAGUACAGAACUGCGACACAUACAGAAGUAAAACCAACUUCCAACAGUACUCAGAAGGAAGAGAUAAGACAGACUUCCUUUCUCACGCUCUCUCAGGCACUCAUAAAACAUAGUACCCUCCACUGGAGCAGCUCUGAUAGAUAAAAACCCUAACAAGGGCAUCAUCCACCCUGUUAGUAAGCAUUCCGCCAGCUGAGGCUUGUGGGCAGAGGCUGGAUGACCGCCUCUCAGGGAUGCUGCAGCAGUGGGUCUCCUGCCUCAGCAAGGAGGGUUGGAUUUGAGAGCCUCUAAGGUCCCUUCUCUGUGAUUUUUGGAGGCUGCAGUUGUGUUGUGCAGGUGCUUUGGGAGGUUCCCCAGACAUAUAGGGGCAGAUAGAGGGGCAUAUAGCAGUGCCUUCAAAGGUCCCCAGCCAACCAGCUUUUCCUCUCUCCUUUCCUUGCAGUAGCACCCUCUUCUCCCACCUUCCUCCUUCUCCCUCAUCCUGGUUUCCUGCAGCCUCCUUAACAGAGAACCAGCUUUUGUUGCAUAAGCAAAGACCUCACUGCACAGGCGGCAGCCAACGCCGUCAUCAGACCCUUCAUUAGGAUUCCAUCUCCGUGCAGCUAUUCAGCCGCUGUGAACGUCACGCCCAGGAACCUGGCUAGCUGAUCAGCAUCCCAAUGAGCCCAGAGUUGCAGCUGUGAUGCUGAGGCUGGCCUCCAGGCCCUCCUCAGAUGCAGUUCUGCUCCUGGAGGCAAGGGUUGUGUUCGACGUAAGCGCACCAGCGCACAGUGUUCCUCCUUGCAGCCAUGGGACAAUCUCCCCCUUUCCUCCCCUCGUACGCCCUCUGAUUCUGUCCCGGAGGCUCCCUCAGUCCUCUGGGGCAAAUUUGGGGAUGGGCCAUCAUCGUUGUUUCAUUUGCACGCCGUCUUUGCAUGGUUAAAACCAGGCUCAAGGCGGCUUUCAACAAACAUGAAACAAUUUACAUAAUUGCGAAAGCAGUCAUCAGCAGUAAAUGGAACACAUCGUCAAGAAAGCGCAUGCACACACACACACACACAAAAUCAAACGAUUUCCACAUAAUAAGCUCUUAAAACAAAGAUACAAACAAUUAAUAUCAGUAACAGCAACAACGAAAGCCCUAAACAAUACUCCAGCCCAAGAGUCUGUUCAGCAGGCUCAACUUUUGUAGUUGGAGUCAGUCCGGGCACACACAGAGGGAGGAGCAGGGAGCAAAGUCCCAUUGCACCUGUGCUGAUCCUUGUGCUAUUGCAAAUAUUUCACUGAGUACUGUACACAGUUCAUCCUCCCCACCUACCCCCUUGGGGAUCACUGCUUCCCAAAAGGGCCAUUGCAGCAAAAAUGCAACAGAAAUUUUGCAUUUAUUUAUCUGUUUAUAUCCCACCUUUUUACCCAAGGCGCUCCACCUGGCGUACAUGGUUCUCCCCAUCCUCAUUUAAUCUCCCCAACAACCCUGUGAGAUAGGUUAAGCUGAGGAGGAGUGACUGGCCCAAGAUCACCCAGUGAGCUUCAUGGUUGAAUGAGGAUUUGAGUCCUAGUCUCUCCCAGGUCCACGACAACAUUCAUAUCUCACCUUUCCUCCAAGGAACUCAAGCAGUCCUCCCCAUUUCCAGUUCAUCCUCGCAACAACUCUGUGAGGCAGGUUAGACUGAGAGGCAGCAACUGGCGCUCACUUCCUGCUUGUGGGUUUUUCAGAGGCACCUAAAAUAAUAGAAAGAUCUGCUAGGUCUGACCUGAUCCAGCAUCCAGGAUCUUCUUAGAUUUUUAUGUACCAGCUAGGGAACUGAAGCAUGAAUCAGGAAGAUCCCAGCUUGAAUUUUGUCUCUGCCACCAGUUCAUUAAGGCAAGGUCCUCUCAACCAAAUACAGUGGUGGAUCGCAAGACGAAAUUAAUCCGUUCCGCGAGUCUCUUCGUCUUGCGGUUUAUUCGUCUUGCGAAGCACGGCUUUGUCUUGCAAAGCAAGCCCAUAGGGAAAUUCGUCUUGCGGAACGACUCAAAAAACGGAAAACUCUUUCGUCUAGCGAGUUUUUCGUCUUGCGAGGCAUUCGUCUUGCGGGGCACCACUGUAGUGGCGUUGUGGUUAGAGUGUCGGACUAGGAUUUGGGAGACCAGGGUUUGAACCCCCCGCUUGGCUACAUGAAGCUCCCUGGGUGCUGCUGGGCCAGUUGCUGCCUCUCCACCUAAUCUGCCUCACAGGGUUGUUGCGGGGAUUCAACGAGGAGUGGAGAGGACCACGUAAGCCACCUUGAGCUCCAUGGAGGAAUAUAUGUGCGAUAAAGAAAUAAUGAAUAAACAAAUAAUAGUGACUCGCCUCGGAAGGUUGCUGUAAGCAUUGCAAGCUCUUUUAAGACAAGGGUUGGGCCAUUCACAAGGCUGGCUUAGCUUGUGAAACUCCACUUCCCCCUCCCCCCCAAAAAAACCCCUUGUUUUUGCACCUCUGUCCACUGGCUUCUGGCAUUCCCACCCCAUUGGGCACAACUGUAUUCCUGAUGUUUAACUCCCCUACCCUGGCCUCUCUCUCUCCCCCCUCAGCUCUGUAUUCUAUUCCUCUGCUCCUCUUUGUUCUUCUUGUCCCCCUCCCAUCCCUUGGACCUCCCAGUGAAACGGGGAAGCCAACCUUCUUCAUCACUCAUUGGUUGCCAAGCAACUAUUUGCCAUGGCAACAUGGAGAGAGAGAGACAAAUAAAAUCUGAUUGUAGAAGUGUCACUUCUGGGAAGUCCAGGCUUUGGCCUGUAGUGACUAGAGCUGGAUUUGGUCCCUGGGGGAAAGGAACCAGGAGCCAACAAACUGGCCCCUUGCUAUGGGGCGGCGGGGGGCGGGUCUGCAUCAGGACAGGGCUGUAAAUUGAGGCAAGGAAGAGAAAUCACUUACUGCUCACUCACGCGCCCAGCAUCUCGCUCAGGACUUGGCCCCAGAACUUGUCUUUGGUGCUGGAGCCGAUUGCUAGGACAUAUACAGGACUAAUGUGAAGGAAAUCAGGCACGUGCAGAGUUCAUUUCUGCCACCACCCAAAUAAUCACGUUUGCAAUCGGGCAUAUGGCAGCAAACCAAAGUGUCACAGGUAGGGAGCAAGCUUUUGAGUCCUGCAGAACAUUAGCUUGGGUUUUGGGCAAAACUGGAAGGGGAUGUGUGCCAAGGAGGUGGCUCGGUGAAGUUGCAAAGUUUGUUGCAUCCACACUGUGCAUUUAAAGCACGUUUGUACCACUUUUAACAUUCAAGGCCUUCCCCUAAAGAAUCCUGGGAACUGUAGCUUACGCCCUCACAGGGCUACAGUUUCCAGCACCCGUAGCAAACUACAGUUCCCAGGAUUCUUUAGGGAGAGCGAUGUGUUUUGAAUGUAUGCUGCAGAUGCAUAGGUACCGAGAUCCCAAAGGACCAGAAAAAACUGUUCAUGUACGCGACAACAGCUGCAUGAACGUUACUAGCCCAGAGAUGGAAAGAAGGGACAACCCCGACCAGAGAAGAAUGGCAAACCAAGUUGAUAGACAACUUGGCAAAAUUAACUGGGAAUCAAGAAGACAAGAUCUUUAAAAAAGAAUGGGGGAAGUUUAUAAUGUAUAUACAAGAUUAUUGUAAGCAGGUUAAAACACUGGCAGGAUUUUAAAUGCGCUUGUAAUGUAACAGUAUGUAUGAAUAACUUAGGAAGAUAAAAAACUGGAGAAGUAGUGAUAUGCAGUUAAAAAUAGGAUUAAUAGGGCCCAUGGAAGUGAUGGGGGAAAGUCAGGAGAUUCAGAAUAAUCUCGACAUUUGGAUUCAGAAUUGGUUUUGUUGUAUGUUUAUAUUUUUGAAAAUCAAAUUAAAAUUUAUUUCAUAAAAAAAGAAGAAUGUAUGCUGCAGAUGUGACGUAAUCUAAGACGGACAGGUCACGUUGCAGACAUCAUUGGAUUAGGCUCUGCUAUGCACUAAGGUCAGCUGGGUUACAGAUGACUGAGCCCCCGCCAGAUGUUUUUAAAAGACAAAAUUCAGCAGUUACACAGAUGCAUCUCCAGCCUCCUCUGCUUUUUGGAAUAUAACUCACAAGGCAUGAGUUUCUAGCAUCUGCAGAAUGGGAGUGAAAAACUGGUCAGAGGGUGUGGCCAACCAGGCAGCCUCACCAGUUCCUUUUCGCUUAAAGAUAAAUUUAUUUCUAAGUUUUAGGUUUCUUCUUGUUUUCUGCAGGUUCUUGCCCCUGCCAUUGACUGGCUAGACUUCAUCUCCUACUUCCUCUCACCACUAGAGCUAACCGAGGCUGAGCCUGUGGUGGUUUAUGGCAGGGAAUAUUUGCAGCAGGUGUCCCAGCUUAUCAAUAACACCGACAAAAGGUACCAGGAGGUGGGGAUGCAGCAGGAACACAAUGCCUGCCUGUGUGUGUGUGUGUGUGUGUGUUCUCGUUUGUUUGUUUCCUCGUGCCCAGAAGGCCUGGACGCAAUCUGCUCCUGCACCUUGGCUCAGUGGCCUUCUUCUCAGAUAUAUUCUCUGCCUCUAAUGCUGGGUGCAGAAUAUUGUGCUGCUGUGAGAUUGAUUUAGAAUAUGUUUGAGCAGCCCCGUGUCAUAGGUUCCCAGGGCAGGUGUACAAUUUAAAAGAAUAAAACACCACAAUGGAAUUCUAUCAGAAAAUCCGAAAACAGCAACCUCCAUUUGACAAGUCAGGUUGAACCAUAGAACAGCAAUUAAGGGCUCGCCUGCACUUUUACUUUGACCCUUAUUUUGAUCUGAUUGUAUGCCACAGAAUGGCCAGUGGUCAUAGAUGAUGGGAGUUGUAGUCUGACAACAAGUGGAGGCCACAGAUUUCAGCAUCCUUGGUAUGCUUUGGUUUCGGCUGAAUCAACCUCUGGCGCCUCUGGCGCAGCGGCCUCUUUUAGAAUGUGGCAAAGCUCACAGCUCUGUGAGUGUUUACUAGCGAAGGCUCAGGAACCAGAUUAGAUCGUAGGCAAGGUUUGCAGCUAAUGGGGCAUUCGUCAUGGCUGUUUACAAUGCCUGCCCACAUAUGCACGAUGCAAGUGUGUUUUGGCGCUCUACACAGUGGUGUGCCCUUAUCCCACGGCAACCCAGCUUUUACUAAACAUCAACAUACGCUCUGUUUCAUUCUACCCAGAGUGCUAUUAUGUGUCACCUCUUUGUGAAGGAAAAAGCAGCUCAAAAAGGAAUUUGCAAUGAGUGUGGAGGGGAGCCAUGCAAGUAGAUUUAGCUUCUUGUACUUAACCAUCUCCCCUACACAGGUCCCUUCUCAAACUUUAUGCUAUUUGCAAACAACAACAGCAACCCUAGAAAGCAUAAUUAUUACCUCAACGACCACUUCUCCCCAUAUCAACCAACCUGGACCCUGUGACCAUCACCUGAGGCCCUUCUGUGUGUGCCUCCUCCCAAAGAAGUGUAGAGGGUAGCAACAUGAGAACAGGGCUUUUUCUGCAGUGGCUCUCCACUUGUGGAAUUCUUUCCCCAGGGAGCCUUUAGGCACCAGGCAAUAUCAUUCCUCUUCUCCCAGUCCUUUGGCUAAUUAAACAACCUAUGGCUUUCUAAACUUGGGGUGGGUGUGGAUAUUGUUUUUGUUUGUUACUAAGUUUUGCAUUUUUGCGUUUUUAUAUUGUAAACUGCCCUGUGAUCUUUGGAUGGAGGGCAGUAUAAAAAAUAUUGUUUUGCAUUCCUGUCCUAUUCCUCCCCUUCCCCUUCAGUACCCCUCAUGCAUGCAGGCAAUGUGAGAAAGCACAAUAAAUGCUCCCAGAUGACUUCUUUACUGAGCACUCCUCCUGAUUUGUUUGCAGGGAGAUUAGGCAAUACUGGCUAUUUAAUGAGCAUUCAUUUUUUGAUCAUUUGCUUGAAUGAAGGUUACAUGUUGAUGCAUCAAAGCAAGUGUUACCCCAUAUUUCCCAGUGCAUUCUCCCAUCGCUUAAAAAGUCCGAUCUUUUGCGGAAGCAGGUUUUUUGCUCAAGUCUUUCCGAUCAUCACUCUCUGUCAGCCCAGUGUAGCCUCUCAGAUUAUAUAAAAAUCUGGAGCUUUUGAACCAUAGGAUUGUAGAGCUGGAAGGGUCAUCCAAGUACAACCCCUCUUCUAUGCAGGUAUCGUUCUUCCAACUUUCCUCAGCAUGGUUCAGGUGGCACUUGGGUUUGAGGCAUGCAGGUGCCCAGCCAAAGUAGGAUCUAAGCCUACAGCUGCACCUUCCCAUAAAUAAGCAGCUGGGAGGAGAGUGUCUGAGCUUUGCAGAGGGUAGGGAGCACUCCAGCCCAUUGGCCACCAGUCCUGCAUCUCAACUGGGUCGUCUUUUCUUUCUUUUCCGUCUUUGAGCGUCCUGAACAAUUACAUGAUCUGGAACCUGGUUCAGAAGACAGCUUCCAGCCUGGAUCAGCGGUUUGAGGCAGCCCAGGAGAAGCUUUUGGAGACCCUGUAUGGUACCAAGAAGGUAAGCGAAUCUUCCUUUGGGGCUGCAUCUAAGGAUUGAUUUGAUUUGUAGGCCUCUGGAGCUGUCGGCACCCCAGGCCUCCUGGUUAGGUAGUAUGAGAACCAGCUGCAGCCCACCUAACCAGCUGUUUGUUUUGGGAAAGGCCUGUUGUUUGUUGGGGCAGGAUCCUCAGCCAACCAGUGUUUUACAGAGCAACACACACGCCCAGCUCUGCUCCCCCUUACUUAUUUAUUAUUAUUGCAUUAAUAUCCUGCCUCUAAGGAUAUUUUAGAGUAUUAGGUAGAUUAGGUGAAGAGGUAAAGGUUAAGAUAAAGGUAAAAGGACCCCUGACCAUUAGGUCCAGUCAUGACCGACUCUGGGGUUGCGGCGCUCAUCUCGCUUUAUUGGCCGAGGGAGCCAGCGUACAGCUUCCAGGUCAUGUGGCCAGCAUGACUACACCGCUUCUGGCGAACCAGAGCAGCACACGGAAACGCCAUUUACCUUCCCGCCAGAGCGGUACCUAUUUAUCUACUUGUACUUUGCCGCCAGAGUGGUACCUAUUUAUCUACUUGCACUUUGACGUGCUUUCAAACUGCUAGGUUGGCAGGAGCAGGGACUGAGCAACAGGAGCUCACCCCAUCUGACCUUCUGAACCGCUGACCUUCUGAUCGGCAAGUCCUAGACUCUGUGGUUUAACCACAGCGCCACCCGCACCCCUUAGGUGAAGAGGUACAAGACUCUUAACCACAGCACCACAUGGGCUGUCCUACUUAUGUCUCGUUCUCUCUCGUUUCUCUGGAGUCCUGCACCCCCCGCUGGCAAACUUGCAUCUCCAACACUGAUGACACUUUGGGCUUUGCACUGGGGGCUCUGUUCGUAAAAGCCACCUUCGACCGGCACAGCAAGGAGAUUGUGAGUAUCCCCAGGCAUGUCGACAAAGCUGCCCUCUGUAUGUCCCUGCCUUUAACAAUACCCCGUGAUGACAAGUUCUCCUGUCCAUGCGCUGUAUGUGGCCCCUACGUAUUUUUCUUCCCUGGGAGAAAAGCAGCUGGGGACAGGAUGCAGUAGCCACAGCCGGGAAGGGGAGGGUUAAGCAGCUCCUUCCCUCCCCACAACCUGCCAGCCUGUCACUCAACCUGAAACCAUCUAUAGCUGCUCUGCUCAUCCUUCUCAGGAAGGAUGGAACUUACAUGCAGAAACAAUCGCGGAACGACAUUUAACCUGCAAGGAAUCAGUCAUUUAUAGAAUCAAUAGAAUUGUAGAGUUGGAAGGGACCUCGAGGGUCAUCUACCCAACAUGAGGCUUGAACCCACAACCUUGAGAUUAAGAGUCUCGUGCUCCACCCAGCACCAACUCUCUGGAACUCCCUGCCUAUUGAUAUUAUGCAGACACCUUCAUUGCAUUGUUUUCAGCAGCUGCUAACCACUUUCAUGUUUAGGCAAGGCUACCCAUGGGGCAGAACAGCUUCCCAAUAGGCUGGUAUUUGCAGGAUGUCCUCACCUGAAGAGGCCAGUGAUUAAUUGGGCAUAUAGUGAAUGAGACGGUAUUCUGGUGAUGACAAGCUGGAGAUGAGAUGAGUGAAGGGGAACACACUGAUGCCCUUCCAUAGACUUCUUAUGUCUUUUCCUUCAGGCAGAGGACAUGAUUGCUGAGAUACGCACUGCUUUCGAGGAAUCGCUGGACCAUCUGGACUGGAUGGAUGAGAAGACGAAACAAGCCGCUAAAGAGAAGGUGCCCCAGAUAUUUAUUUGCUGCCGACUUCGGAUUCCUGACAAUCAUGGCUUUAAUUUUUAAAGGAAGUUUCUAGUCCUAAUGACUGUGUAUUUUACAUUAUGAGAACUUAGAUAUGGGAAGGUCCGUGUGGGAGAAUGCAGUCCUUCUGAUAGGUUGAGCCUAAGCCUCAAGUAGAGCAUGAAAGCAAUGGCUAUCCCUGGUUGUGUCUCCUCUUGCUGUUUGGAGACAGACUACCUCUGAGCAUGGAGCUUCCAUGUUUGCCAGCCAUUGGGAGGUGGCAACUGCAGAUUUUACCAGCUGCAUGUGGCGCCACCUGCACAGCCUGUUCCCCCCUCCUCACCCCAACCCUUUAUUGCAGUUGUGCAGCCUGCGAGCCUCGGCUGCCCAUGCUUUCCUUUCUCUGCAGGCUGACUCCAUUUAUGACAUGAUCGGCUUCCCGGAGUUCAUCCUUGAUGACAAGGAACUGGACGAUGUCUAUGAUGGGGUAAGAGUAAUAUUCUACAGGCUUUAAGAUGUGUUUGUGAGAAGUGGGGGUAUUGCUUUGUUUUAACUAGUUGCUUGUGUUUUUGCCUUGUACUGUAUUUUAUUCUGCAAACUUCCCUGAGAUGAUGAUGAUGAUGAUGAUUUGUUCAAUUUGUAUACCACCCUAUACCUGCAGGCCUCGUGAAGGUUCACCACCUGUGAAGAAGGGUGGUAUAGUAAUUAAUUACCUGCAUCCAAGUUAGUGGCCAUCCUGUGGCAGUGAGUUCCAUAGUUUAACUAUGCCCUUGGGGGGUUUGCCAGCUGGUGCCUCCUACCAUUCCUCUUUGUCCAGCAAGUCCAUGACAUCUCCUUUCUGCUCUUCUCUCUAGUACGAAGUCUCAGAAGACUCCUUCUUUCAGAACAUGUUGAACUUCUACAACUUCUCGGCCAGGUUCAUGGCAGACCAGCUGAGGAAGCCCCCCAACCGGGACCAGUAAGGUUUCUCUCCAUACAUUUCUUGCCCUCCUCAUUCAUUGAGAGAUGGCAGAAGGAGGGCGGGGGGGGGGGGUCAAAGCUUGGUGGAGCAUAGGGAAGAUUUGAGGAGGCCCCUGGCAAAGUGUGCUUCAUUGGUCAGCCCCCUGGCAGAAGGCUUGCCUGGCAGUGGCACUGUGCACCCACUUGCUGCCAUUUUAAAUUUCUCCAGCUCUCCCAAGAUGGCGUCACUGGUGUCAAGCCUGACAAAGAGUGUCACAGAGAGGGGAAGGUCCACACUCAGAUCACCUUGGGGCUGAUCCUGUUCCAGAAUGAUUGCUUCUGAAAAUAUCCUAGAACACCUUAGACUUACAUAACUAGGGUGGUAACCCUAAUCCCAUUUACCUGGGAGUAAUUCUCAAUAAUUUCAAGGUGGCUUACUUCUGAGUAGGCACAGUCAGGAUUGCAGCCUAGGAACUGGACCUCAAUGCAGGCAAACGGGGUGAGGGUUGGAGAUGGGAAUGACCUGGUUUUACAUUGAUUGAGUUUAGGGUCAUGUUUUAAUUUGAACAGGAGAACGGCGUGGAGGGGUCAGUCAGGAUGAAGCCGAGACUUCCAGAAAAUUCAAAUCCACACACAAUCAAAUAACCAUUUUUUAUUGCAUCACAUCCAACUGAAGGUGGCUGAUUUCAUGAAGAAUUCUUUCCCACACGAAAGCAAGCAAACUCACCCAUGCUGCAUGUGGAAAGCGAGCAUCUCAGGGAGAGGCUACGCUAAACAUCAUCUUGUCAUGCUAGCUUUUCGUAUGAAGGGAGUUUUUCCCUCUCCACAGGACAGGGCAUUCAAGCAAGGAGUUUCAACCAGCAUAGGCCAGAAAGAGCUCUGCUGUCGUGUCAUUUCUGCAAUUUCUUAGGCCCCAUCUGAACUAUAACACUGUAUCAUUCCACUUUCAACAGCCCUGGGUCCCCCCUGAAGAAUGCCGGGAACUGUAGUGUGUUAUGGGUGCAGAGAGUCACAGAGCUACUGUUUCUGGAGUGGUGAAACUGUCAAAACCUCUUCCCAGAUUCCCAGACUUUGCAAGGGGGAACACUGGUCUCCUAACAGCUCUCAAUUCCUGGGAACUACAUCAUAGUGCUUUAAAGGCAUGGUACAGUUGAGGCCUAAAUCUUAUUCUUUAGGGCAACGUGGCCACGCUGGUUGUGGCUGGUGGGAACUGUAGUGUAAAACUGCGGGACAAGGACAACUGUGACUUUAAGGAAGAAUGGGAGCUUUUCACAAAUGAUUUAAAAUGGCAACAAAAUGAACUGGACUCCUUGGCAGGUUUUGAAGAAACAUACACAAAUUUAUUGGUUGAUAACAUGACAGAUAGAUAAGGUAAGGAUAUGUACAAUUUUAUAACAUGCAGAGAAAUCAGAGAGAAGAGCUGAGGAAAGUCUUAGGGGGGAGGGGAAAAAACUAUGUUUGUGAUUAUACGGUUUGACAAUUUCUUAGGUUGAAAUUGUUUAAUAAAAACAUUUUUUAAAAAAAUGGAACUGUAGUGUAAAACAAGUGGAGGGCACCAAGUCGGGAAACACUUCUCUAGGGUCUUCCGGCCUCCAGUCUUAUUUGCUAGCCGUGGUCCUGAACAAACAAUGCAUCCUCCCAACCAAUUAUUGUUGUUGUUCCUUCUCCAGGUGGAGCAUGACCCCUCAGACAGUCAAUGCUUACUACCUGCCCACCAAGAACGGCAUCGUCUUUCCUGCAGGAAUUCUGCAGGCUCCUUUCUACGCUCACAACCACCCCAAGUAUGUCUGGGUCUCUUGAUUGUUUGGUAGGAAAAGAAAGCUCAGACUUGACCUCUCUGCUCUGCAGCUGCCUAGCUUGCAGGGAGGGGAAUCAGAUCUGUACCAAGAAGGGCACAUGAUGGUGGGCUUCCUGUGUGUGGUUAUUUCUGGCACACACACACACACACACACACACACACACAGACUUGCAGCGGAGUUGCAGUGCCAGUCCAUCUGACGCCUCCCACUAGAAAUCUCUUGCUUGUGGUUCCUGCCCCAGUAAUUGCUUCCUGAUCAGAGGGGACCCAGCAUUACUUAAUUGCACCAUAAUUGGCCUAUAGUUAGCCAGUGCUCGUUCCCGGAAGGGGAAAGGAAAGGCUUUAAUUUCAGGCUUUCUUCCACUAUUUUGCAUCUAUUUAUAGUGUGAAAUAACGCCAUUGCGCAAUUUGAAAAAGAAAGAGAGGCUCUAUAUUUGGUGAUCCAUAUUUAAUAAAAGGGAGUGGGGAGCAGAAGAAAUGUUUGUUACAUAAAGGAUGGGGAAGCUGUGGCAUUCCAGAUAUUAUAUUUAGUCACCAGUACCCAUCAGGUCUACCCAGAACAGCCAAUUGCCCAUUUUUGAUGGGAAUUGGCACUCCCAGCAGCAUCAGUCAAGUUAUAUGUUCCCCAUUCCUGUGCUACACAAUGUGUGAUACAAGACACCUAACCCCUUUGAUGCUGUGUCCAAAGGUGCCUUAAUGUUAUUUCAGACAUGAGCUCACAUUACCUGUCAUCAACUGUGUACCAAAGGUGGCUUUCUAGGGUCAUAACCUCUUGCUUUCUCUUUGUUUCUUCCCCUGAGGGCCCUUAACUUUGGAGGCAUUGGCGUCGUGAUGGGGCACGAGCUCACCCACGCUUUCGAUGACCAAGGUAGGAGCAAGGCGCUUGGAUCACUGGCUUCUUGUGUCUUGCAUGUAUGUGCUGUCUGUCCUCCUACGAGGGAGGCCUUUGGUUGGUGUUGCCUUGCAUGGGCCUUUAGAUCUGUAACAAAUUGUGAGGAAGCUGGUGGAACGAACCUCUCUUUAUGUUCCUUGGGCAUCUCUUCCCCAGUUAUUCUGGCUCCAUCCCAUUAGACUUCCUAGUAUCUCGUGCCUUAGCUAGGUUUUCCAACGGCAAGGACCGUUGAGGGCUUUUGCCACCCUAGGCAGACCAGGUCACCUUGAUGUUGCAGAGGAUUCUGGGAGGUGGUUGGGAAAUCAGCCAUGACCACAGCAGAGCAAAGCUGGAACUGUUUCCGCUGUGAGCCUCUCUAGACAUCUUCCGAGAUUGCAUUAGGGAACCUGCAGACCUGUGGAUCUUGUUGGACGCCCAAAUCUCAUCAUCCCCAACCAUUGACCAUGCCUGGGAUGUGAAUAGAUGUUAGAAGGGGAUUUAUUUGUUAGAUAUAAUUCUUCCUUCUUCAUGUUUGUGAGUUCAGUAGAGCGCAUCCCUUGGCAGCUUAAAAGGGAAGCUUAGAUAGGCUGGUUUUAGCCUUGUAAGUAAUCCAGGAUGCUUUAAGGUAGGCUGGAUUCUCUUUUCUCCCCCUUAAAACAACAAUCACUCAGUUUUGUCAAAGGUAAAAAUAACAUUUACUCAUUCUGGAUACCUGUUGAAGAGCAACAAAUAUGGCAGCUUUGUUCAGGCAGGCUUAAAAUGGUAAUUCAAUUACAAAGACAUACUUAGGUCUAGCUUAAGAUGUAGAGGCUCUCACAUUGCUGGCAGAGUGGAAAGAGACAGAGGAAGAGGGUGUUCCCAGGCAAGUAGGAAAAUAUAUAUAGGUAUGCCCUCCCUCUGUCAGGGCACAGUGGGAGCAUCUCCCACAGGCCUCGGUCCAGUAUACCUGAGGGAGCGUCUCCACCCCAUCGUACUGCCUGGACACUGAGGUCCAGUGCCAAGGGCCUUCUAGUGGUUCCCUCGCUGCGAGAAGCCAAGUUACAGGGAAUGAGGCAGAGGGCCUUCUUAGUAGUGGCACCCGCCCUGUGGAAUGCCCUCCCACCAGAUGUCAAAGAGAACAACUACUACCAGACUUUUAGAAGACAUCUGAAGGCAGCCCUGUUUAGGGAAACAUUUAAUGUUUAAAAGAUUAUUGUAUUUUAAUAUUUUGUUGGAAGCCACCCAGAGUGGCUGGGGAAACCCAGCCAGAUGGGCGGGGUAUUAAUAAUAAUAAUAAUAUAAUAAUAAUAAUCUCUUGCAAGUUCACAGGAAAACUCAGCUCCUAUCAUAUGCCUAUCUAGCAAAAGAUGAAUUGGUGGUUUGGCUUCACUUUAAACAUCCCACACAGCUGGCCAGGGCUGAUGGGAGUGGGAGUCCGACAACGUCUGGAAGGCCACAGGUUCCCACUUCCUGGUUUAUAGGGUUGAGCCAGACCCGUCUGAAAGACUCCUGUUGGUGGCCUUUCCAUUCAUUUCCCCUGCUCCCCACUUGCACCUAUCUCCAUGGUAGCUUCCAUUCCGCCAUUGCCAUCAAGCCGCGCUUUCCUUUCUGCGGUCCACUUGCUUCCCUACCUGUUUGCAAUCCUUUCUCCCCAGGUGACACCUCCAGUCAUCUUUCCCGGCUUCUUUGUGCUGCUUUUGCUCCUGCUCCAUCCGCUUGGUGAGCAUCCAUUAUCUCUGCACGAGUGGGCCACAGCUGGCAGCUUAGGGAGUUCACUACCACCACAACCCCACUGAUCCAUUCCUCUCCUUUUAACUCACAGCUGCUUUAGGCUACUUCAGGAGCAACCCCCAGGUCCCCUUUCCUUUAAAGCUGGGGAAUCCUUUGCCUGGGGCAACUCAACACUUCCAGCAUUGCAGUGCUCAACAGCUGUAGAUGGUGCAGGACCCAAAGGGCAACUGUGCCUUGCUGGGAGGGAAGGAAGGUGUGAAUCCCAGGGAACCUUGGAAUAUAGGAAGCUGCCUUAUACCAAGCCAAGCCACUGUGUUCCUUCUAGCUCAGUAUUGUAUACAGUGACUGGCUCUCCAAAGUUUCAGACAGGGUUCACUCCUAGCCCUACCUGGAGAUCCCAGGGAUUGAACCUGGGACCUUCUGCAUGCAAAGGAGAUGCUCUGCCAUUGAGCCACAACUCUUCCUGGAUCCGAGAUAAUCCCUCCUGUAUGGUGGAAUGGAACUGAGGAUCUCUAAAGUAUGGGGGAAUGACUAAGAAGCAGCUGCUCAGAGGUCUCGUGGAGGCCAGCUACCAAGGAGCCAUAGAGCAAGACUGUGUGCGUUCCACAUCGAUGUUUCAGGGCAGAUAGAGCGUGGAGCACAGCAUUGGGCACAGAAUUCUGCUCCUGGUCGCCUGAGCUUUCAUUUUUGAAUCAAAGCAAGUUCUUCCUCUUACGCCCGAAAGUGUGUGGGCAACGCCUGGCAGAAGACUCAGAAAGCAGGUAGCGACUGAGUUGGAUUUGCAUUGGUGAGAGGGGCAGGAUUUGGUUCCUCUGCACUCUCCUUGCCUUGUAGGAGCUGAACAAAUUGUGCAAAAACAAAAUACGUACAGAUUAGUUGCAUGUGGAUUGUGUGUAAAGUGUGGGUUUCCUCAGUUCAGCAGGAAUUCUGAUUUUUUUUAAAUGCAAAGUAUGCACAGCAUUAACUGAACCGAAAGACCCAAACAGCAGCUUGCUGGCCGUAACUUUGUUGUAGCUGAACCAAAGCCAGUCGCCGAGGUUUAAACCCUAGCAUUGCCAAUUAAAGAACCUCCAGCACCUAAUCUGCACAAUGAAGGAUCAGUCCCUUAUUGGAGAUCCACUGCCAGUACUGUAAAAAUAAUAAUAAUUUUAUAAUUUGUACCCAGCCCAUCUGACUGGGUUGCCCCAGGCACUUUGGCAGUAAGAAUCCACAUUAUUGCAAGAGGUGGACCCAGAAUAAGGCGGCUUCCUAGAGUUCCUUGCUCUUUUGUAAGCCCAUCCCUGGAGCCAGUAAACACCUGAUUAGGAACAAAGGAAAGGGGGGUUCUUUUCUCCAUCAAGCCCCUCUUGUGAGCUUCUUUGGGGGCACCUGCUGGCUGUUGCGGGAGCUCAGGCGUUGUGCCAGAUGAACCUUCAGCCGAGUCCAGCAAGGCGAUUUUAUUCCAGGCCGCGAGUAUGACAAAGAAGGGAACCUGCGUCCCUGGUGGCAGAACUCAUCUCUGGAGGCUUUCAAGAACCGGACGGCAUGCAUGACGGAGCAGUACAACAAAUACCUUGUCAACGGGGAGCAUGUCAAUGGCAAGCAGACCUUGGGCGAGAACAUCGCUGACAACGGGGGGCUCAAGGCAGCCUACAACGUAAGUAGCCUGUCCAGGGAAAGGUUGUGCGCCCCCCACCGGAAAGGCAGGCCCGUGGGAAGAGGCCUGGCAGGUCUUGAGCUGGUUGUGUCUGCGAGGUGUCUUUUUCGCCAGCGGCCGUGAGGCGAGGGAGGCGCUUGGGCCCUCCUGAGCUUGGAAGCACAGGCUCUGCUCUCGCUUUCCUUGCAGGCUUACAAAGUCUGGCUGAAAAAGAACGGGGAGGAGAAGCGCCUGCCGUCCGUGGACCUCACUAGCCACCAGCUCUUCUUCUUAGGGUUUGCACAGGUAACUUGGAGGUGGGGGAAUGAGAAACAGAAACUUCCCGUUCCCAAUAUCCUCCUCCCCACAUCCAUGCGCAUUCUGUCUGCCACUGCCAGUACCCCUGUGUUAACAGUCCUCCUGGCAGGUCUGAAGAUAAUGGGCAUAAAAGACAUCUCAGGAGUACAGGAGGGCCACUGUUCAGUGCUGGAAAGCUAAGGUUCAAUCCCUGGCAUCUCCAGGUAAAGAAAGCCAGUGUGGUGCAGUGGUUAGAGUGUCAAACUAAGGCCUGGGAGAUCAGGUCCGAAAUCACCACUCAGCCAUGAAACUCAGAGGGUGACCUUGGGCCAGUCAUGAUCAGCUUGGAUGGCCCAGUUGGUUAGAGCAUGGUGCUGAUAACGCCAAGGUUGCAAGUUCGAUCCCUGUAUGGGACAGCUGCAUAAUCCCGCCUUGCAGGCGGUUGGGCUAGAUGAUCCUCAGGGUCCCUUGCAACUCUGCAGUUCUGUGAGUCUUCUUAUCCUUUGGCCCUAACCUACCUCACAGGGUUGCUGUGAGGACAAAAUGGGAGGGGGGGAGAACGAUGCGCACCACCCUGAGUUCCUUGGAGGAAAGGUGGAAUUUAAAUGUAAUAAAAUAAUAAUAGUAAUAAUAAUAAUAAUAAUAAUAAUAAUAAUAAUAAUAAUAAUAAUGGUUUCAAGCAGCGAGGCAAGAAAGAGCCUGGAGAAACCUCCAGAGAGCUGGAGGGACUGUUGCCAUGCAAUGCCCUGUCAUUGUACCAUGGUGCUCACAGGGUCCUUAGAGCGAUGUUCUGCUCCAGUUCCAUCUCUUGAGUGGGAACUGCUGGAGCCCAGUUCAGCACCAGCCGUAGAUUCAACAGAAUGAUCAGGUGGGUACGGAGCCAAAGGCCUGUACAGGGCAACAUGAAGAUGCUGCUUGAAACUCAUAGAAUUGUGGAGUUGGAAGGGACCCCGAGGGUCAUCUAGUCCAACCCGCUGCAAUGCAGGAAUCUCAGCUGAAGCAUCCAUGACAGAUGAUCAUCCAACCUCUGCUAAAAGACCUCCAAGGAAGGAGAGUCCACUACCUCCCAAGGGAGACCAUUCCACUGCCGAACAGCUCCCCCACUUGGCCCUGAAGCUCCCAGGGUGAGCAUGAGCCAGUCACUUCCCCUCAGCCUGACCUACCUCACAGGGUUGUUGUGGGGAUUAAAUAAGGAGGAAGAGAACCACGUAUGCCAGGUGGAGCUCCUGGGGGGUGGAGUUGGGAUAUAAAUCUAAGAAACAAAUUAAUAAAAUAAACAAGCAUCUCCUUCCUGGCGCAGGUCUGGUGUUCGGUGCGCACCCCGGAGAGCUCGCACGAGGGCCUGGUGACCGACCCGCACAGCCCGGACAAGUUCCGCGUCAUCGGCACUCUCAGCAACUCACGGGACUUUGUAGAGCACUUUGGAUGCCCCGUCGGCUCCCUCAUGAACCCUGGGAAGCACUGCGAAGUGUGGUAGAGAGAGAGAGGCUGCCCUUGUCAGGAGUCUGUACAUACACACAACUUGCCUGUGCUCAAAACCCAGCCCAUGGGGGGGGGAGGUGGCAGUCACAUUUUUGGGGUGCUACUGGCGGUUUUGCCUCAUCAGCUUUGGUCCCCUUUAUGGCCCUAGGAAAAAGGUGAGCUUAACGUGAACUCCCCCCCCCCCCCCCGCCCAAAGCCCGCUUCAUGGGGUGGUGUGCAAAAGCACAGCUUCACUUCUCUUAGCUCGCCCCACCACCUGCUCCAUCUUCCGCGGAUUCUGCGAAGGAUCUCCAGCUCUCCUCCUUCAGCUAUAACUCUCCUGCCUCCAGCGUCUCCAGGAAACGUCUCCCCGAUCCUCCUCCACACCCCACCAGGCUGGCCCCAAUGCCUUUGGCUUCUCGCUCCCUUUUGUUUUGCUCGACCGCUUGCAGCAGCUGCAGAGAGGAUGGACCCCCUGGUCUUCGUAAACUGCUACUUUUAAGGGGGGGGUCCUGGGGUGGCCAGGCAAAGGAGGGUACCACCGUCUACUAAUGCGCUUCCACUAGCAGUGGGGAAGUUGUGGGUCUCUUUGUGCUGCUGGGCUCCGACCCCCACCUGCCCAAGCCUGCAUGGGCCAAACAGUCUGGGGUGAUGGAGGGUGUUGUCGUUCAGCAACCUCUGGAUGGCUGCAGGUUCUUGACCUCCAAGCUAGAUACCGCGGGGUUUUCUUUGGAUGCCGGUAAUGCUGAUUCAGUCGAGGAAUUCCCAACCAUAUAGUGGGUCUAGUUAUGAAAGCUUCAGGUAUAGCAAAAGAGCCUUUGAAGCUUGAGCAGGGAGUGGUGCAUCGGAAGAUUUUGGCUGCAUCAGAGCAUAGAAUCAGAGAAUUGUAGAGUGGGAAGGGGCCCCCAGAUGUCAUCUAGUCCAACCCCCUGCAAUGCAUGAAUCUCAGCUAAAGCAUCCAUGAUUGAUGGCCAUCCAACCUCUGCAGGAUUCAUCCAGGAUAGCGUUCUGUUUCUAGCAGGCUAGGGAGCUUACAGGCAGAUCAUGAAGGCAGCAACCCAUUCCUGGCAUUGAGGUAUACUGGCUCAACAUGGAAAUUAUUAUAUCUGUAUAUUGCCCUUCAGCCAAAGACCCCAGGGUGGCUCACAACAAAAAAUACAUUUAAAAGGCUGAAGAUCAUUUAAUCAGCUGCAAACCUGGUUAUAGAGAAACACUUUCACCCAGCACCUAAAGAUAUACAGUGGUACCUCAGUUCUCAAGCAAUCCGUUCCGGAAGACCAUUCGGCUUCUGAAACAUUCGAAAACCGAGUUGCAGCUUCCCAUUGGUUGCAAGAGCUUCUCGCACUCAGUGGAAGCUGUGUCGCAUGUUUGAGUUCUGAAAAAUGUUCGAAAACGGAAGCAUUUACUUCCGGGUUUUUGGCGUUCAAUAACCGAAACAUUCAACAACGGAGGCAUUUGGGAACUGAGGUACCACUGUAUAAUGAAGGUGCUAGGUGAUCCCUGGGGAGAGCAUUCCACAAAUGGGGAGCCACCACAGAAAAGGCCUGUUCUCAUGUUGCCGUUCUCCAGAACCUUUUGCAGAGGAGGCACACGAAGAAGGGCCUCAGUUGAUGAUCCGAGGGUCUGGGUCAGUUCAUAUGGGGAGAGGUCCCACUUAACUAAAAGCAGAUCUAUCCUUCAUUGUCGCUUUCUCUCUCUUUUUAAACACACAAAUAAAUAGCCAUUUCAGCCAGUGGCUUUCCCAUGCAGCGCAAGGGUGUGCAAUGUAGCUAGGAUUUGUAUGCCUAUACUGUAGUAUGGGGGACGCGGGUGGUGCUGUGGUGUAAACCACAGAGCCUAGGGCUUGCUGAUCAGAAGGUCGGUGGUUCGAAUCCCCAUGACGGGGUGGGCUCCCAUUGUUCGUUCCCAGCUCCUGCCCACCUAACAGUUCGAAAGCACAUCAAAGUGCAAGUAGGUAAAUAGGUACUACUCCGUCGGGAAGGUAAACGGCGUUUCCGUGUGCUGCUCUGGUUCACCAGAAGCGGCUUAGUCAUGCUGGCCACAUGACCUGGAAGCUGUCUGCAGACAAACGCCGGUUCCCUCAGCCAGUAAAGCGAGAUGAGCGUGCAACCCCAGAGUCGUCCGCGACUGGACCUAACGGUCAGGGGUACCUUUACCUUUCCCAUAGGAUGGGCACCUGGCCGCAACAGCAAGUUCAGGGACGUGGCUCUCCCAUUUUCCUACAAAGUCAAAUAUCCAAAGCAGCAGCAAACCUCUGGCCACCUUCCUCUCUUGCUAGCCUGGGCUAUGGCGCCAUCUCGCUGGUAUUGUGCAGCAAAGGGAGGUGCCACACCACCCAUGCGUGCGCACAAUCCCACCCAAAUCACUGUGGAAUGAUGAGCCUCUUUCUGGCUAGUGUUGCACCUACCAAGCACCCCACUCCUUCGCAAAGAGAAAUCCCUCCCUCUUGCUGCCAGAUCCCUUGGGCAGAUCCAGACCACCUUGUUGAAAGCACACGAAUCCACGCAGCAGCUGGGCGUUAAAGAGACUGAUCCCAGGAGAGAUGGGAGAGGGAGGGACCCACCAGAUCACUUCGGAGAUGUUUCCUUUCACCCCUUUUCCAGGAUCAUUACCGAUCCGAAACUAGCUUGGCUUAGAGGUUUUCCAAACUUUUGCUUCCCAUCUAUCGAGUUUGGUGGGGAAUAGUGCCUUGGAUUAGAAUGUGUGUGUGUAUGUGUGUGUGUGUGU